AUGAAAUUUUAUCGUUGUAAUCAUUGUGGAGCAAUCAUCAUUCGUCUUAUAGAUGCAGGCAAGCAGAUCUGCUGCGGCGAGCCCAUGAGCGAGCUUAAGCCCGGCGUUGUAGAUGCCGCAACAGAGAAGCAUGUACCCGUUGUUGAGGUUGAGGGUGCAAACGUAACUGUAAAGGUUGGCGAGGUUGAGCAUCCCAUGACAGAGGAGCAUCUCAUUCAGUUCGUAGUUCUUGAGACAAAGCAGGGCUAUCAGUAUCCGCAUGAAGUCAACGGCACCCCUAUGUAUCUCUACGAAGUGGCCACCGAAUCCGUCUGCGAGUCAGCAGCCAGACUUCUGUUCAUGAGCAUCAAAUGGGCCAAGAGUGUCCCAGCCUUCUCCACCUUGUCCUUACAAGACCAGCUGAUGCUUUUGGAAGAUGCUUGGAGAGAACUGUUUGUUCUAGGAAUAGCACAAUGGGCCAUUCCAGUUGAUGCUAACACUCUACUGGCUGUAUCUGGCAUGAACGGUGACAAUACAGAUUCUCAGAAGCUGAAUAAAAUUAUUUCAGAAAUACAGGCUUUACAGGAGGUUGUGGCUAGAUUUAGACAACUUCGGCUAGAUGCUACCGAAUUUGCCUGUCUCAAAUGCAUUGUCACUUUUAAAGCUGUGCCUACACACAGUGGUUCCGAACUGAGGAGCUUCCGAAACGCUGCCGCCAUAGCAGCCCUUCAAGACGAAGCCCAGCUCACUCUGAACAGCUACAUCCAUACCAGGUAUCCCACACAACCCUGUCGUUUUGGAAAACUUCUAUUGCUUUUACCAGCUUUACGUUCCAUUAGUCCAUCUACAAUAGAAGAAGUGUUUUUCAAAAAGACCAUUGGGAAUGUACCAAUUACAAGACUGCUUUCAGAUAUGUACAAAUCCAGUGACAUAUAAAUUACCUUAAAAUAAACAAUCAGGAUGGACAGUUUGAGAAGAACUUUUAUCCAUGAAGAAUAAGCCUCAACUAACAAAAUCUACAGGAAGCAUAAGCCUGGGAAUGUUUAGCCUUUAAACCCAUUGACAAAAAAAAAAAAACACCCAGUAGAUAUGAUUCUGCUGCUCUGAACAGAGUGAUUUAGAUCAUGGAGAGAAUGCUUUGUUCUACAGAAAAAGUGAAAGUGGUUGGAAUUUGGCUGCUAUUCCUGUUACUACAGGAUGGAGGCAAUUCAGAUGCCAGUCAUAGUUAACAAAGACUCCGCUAUUCUCUCAUUUAACUGGCAGAUCUGAGAGAAAAUGUGAAAGAAGGUACUUUCGUUUGUUCAGUAUUUGGAACUGGGUGACCAAACUUGGCUUCUGUUGUAACAUGAGAGGCGGUGGCUUUCAGAACUGUUUUAAGAGUAGCCUAUGUUGGGAAAAUGUUUUUAAUAUGAUAUAGGCAACAUUUAAGACCAGGUUACCAAAACAUUGCUUCUGCUAUAAUACAUCAUGAAGUGGCCUUCAGAACUGAUGAAAAAGUAGCUUAUGACGACAGCUCCAUUCUUCCCGCAAAAUCAACUGGCAAUCUUUGAUGCGGAUGUCACCACGAUUUGCCCGGUUAACAUCUCAGACAGAAGAGCUUUAUACACUUCCUCCCCGACCUUGUCUCCUCCUUCUUCCCCACACACAGACACACAUUCACACACACACCUGAAAAGAUACCAGUCAAGAAAGGAAGGCUGAAACAGCAAAACCAAAUACAAUGGAGAUGACCAACCGCUUCAGUGACCUGCUGGCCGUCCCGUUGGCACAGUGCUGAAACCAAAGGCAACGGUGGCCAAACUCUUUGUCAGUGAGAUGUGCGGAGAAGUGAAAUGACUACAAAACAAAAUCAAUGGAAGGAACUUUAUUUCAAAGAAAUAAAGGUUGUUGACUGAUACAAUGCUAACAAUUUCCAAAAGUCUCCAAUGCCUUUUUAGAAAACUCCAGGUUCUAAUUUUGAAGCCUUGUUCGCCUACACCCUCUCACACACAAAAACGUUAUAAGCUGCUUACUUGAUGUAUGAAAAAUGUAGAAAAAACAUUUAAAAGAUAGCUGCUGUACUUUUCAAAAUUUGAUUUGUUAUUAGGAACUAGCACUGAGAAAAAUCAGCACUUGGACUAUCAUAGAAUGAGUAAAACUUUUCCUGUACAAAGUGGAUUAACUGAUUUGUGAAGUUAAAAAGUUGUACUCAUUGUAUUUACAAAGAAUAAAAAUAUAUUGAA